AUGGUUUACUUGGACUAUGACUCUAUUUCGGAAGCUUUAUCCGACUUUGGGUACUUUCUUCCGGAAGAGGAUGAGCUGAUAAACAAAAUCAACUGUCUCGCAACUGAAUUCAAUCUUGACGUUGACGACUUUGUGGAUGAUCUUCUAGCUUCUGCCGUAAACAUGAAGAAGAAAAUAGUUGAUAGUGCGAUCCUUGAGCACAUGGAGGCAGAGUUGAACAAGAAGUUGAAGAAAAAUCUGGAUGGAGUAAUAGCCCCAUCAUCUUCUAAAACAAAAAGACCUGCAUUCAGUGAACGUUCUGUUAAUCAGAAUCAUUUGAAUGUAUCCUGCUUUGAGCUUGAAGAGUCUGUUCACGAAGAUUUUGGCUCUUCUGAACUUUCUGGGAAGUAUCGUGCCUUUGCUCCCGUGCUACCAUCCCCAUCAAAUGCUAAGUACCUAGCAAGAUCCGAGCGUGGUAUUAUCUUUCAACAUCUACAAGGCCAAUUAUUCGCGAAGAGCAGUGCUGCAGGAUGUUCUGUCACAGUUGAAAUGGUAUCUUCUCUUCCCACAGAGAAAUACGCAGUUGACAAAGCCUCCAACGUUAUUGAUGCAAAAUAUGUGAAGAUGGCGAAUUUUGCUGCUGUCUGUCGAGAGGCUAAUCCUGAAAUUUCCGAUUGGUCUAUCCCUGUGGCAGGCUCGACGGACUCAGAAUAUGUUUAUGGUGAGAUUAUUCGUGACAUCUCAGAGGAACUACCACUAAGCGACCAAACAGUCUCACUAAUGAUGGACGACGAAGCCGGAACCGUGAUGAAGUUAGACCUUAGUCAUUUGCCCGAAGUCAGCGUAUUUCCUGGUCAGUUGGUUGCCUACCUCGGCUCUUUUGAAAAUGGGGACCGUUUUGUGGCCACUAGACAAUUCUUUCCAAAAUCUCUGCCACUGUCUCCUCUUGGACGACCACCAACUGAUGAAAAUUUGCGUGUAUGGUGUGCCAGUGGUCCUUUCACCACCGCUGAAAACUGUUCCUAUGAACCUCUGUGUGAUCUCCUAGAAAUGGUUAAACUGGAGCAGCCUCACGUGCUUAUUCUGAUGGGACCAUUCGUUGAUGCGAAGAACAAUUUCAUGCGUCGGCCGCAGUUUCCAGAAACGUAUGAAGAAGUAAUGAAUCAGCUUAUGCGUAAUAUAGCAAAGUUCUUGGAUGGGUGCCGAACGGAACUAAUGGUGCAACCUGCACCAUUCCGUGAUGUAUGUUGUGAUCCUGUCUUCCCGACGCCUCCACUCAAAAUCUGUUCCGAUGCUUCUAAAAGAAUGGGAAAGCGACUGCAUUCUCUUCCUGAGCCAUGUGUUGUGCGCAUUAAUGGAGUUGAAAUAGCUCUGACAAGUAGCGAGGUUAUUGCACAUCUCAGUAAAAAUGAGUGGCAUCGCUCUGAAGACCAGGAGAAUCGUGACAGAAUCGCUCGCCUUGCGUCUCAUAUUAUCAAUCAACGAUCCUUAUAUCCACUAUCACCUCCAUCACUUCCCACAUCGAUGGAGGAAUGUCUUAGAGUUUGCGCACUCCGAACAGCUCCCCACGUCAUCAUUGGGUCGUCUGUUUUGUCUGGUUCUGUUAAGAAUAUUGGCGGAACUGUGGCGGCGAAUCCUGGCAUAUUAGCUCGUGGAAGCAGUGGCACAUUCCUUCGAUGUGAAUUUGCAAGCUCAAUUGCACAAGACGCAGUUAAUCUCUGCGAUUGUUCAAGAUUUGAAGUUGUUAAAUUGUGA